UGAAAUAGCGGUACAUUUGGAUAGCAGUAGCAGGAUCGGUCCGAGUCAGCAUGGAUUUACGAAGGGGAAAUCAUGCUUGACUAAUCUUUUGGACUUUUUUGAGGAUGUAACCAGGAUAAUGGACAAGGGAGAGCCAGUGAAUGUAGUGUACCAGUACUUUCAGAAAGCAUUUGAUCAGGUCCCACAUAGGAGAUUAGUGGGCAAAAUUUGUAUUGGGGUAGAGUGCUGACAUGGAUAGAAAAUUGGUUGGCAGACAGGAAACAAAGGGAGGAAUAAACAGGUCCCAUUCAGAAUAGCAGGCAGUGACUAGUGGGGUACCGCAAGGCUCAGUGCAGGGACCGCAGCUAUUUACAAUAUAUAUUAAUGAUUUGGAUGAAAGGAUUAAAAGUAAUAUUAGCACAUUUGCAGAUGACACAAAGCUGAGUGGCAGUGUGAACUUUGAGGAGGAUGCUACGAGGAUGCAGGGUGUCUUGGACAGGUUGGGGGAGAGGGCCAAUGCAUGGCAGAUGCUGUUUUAUGUGGAAAAAUGUGAGGUUAUCCACUUUAGUGGCAAAAACAGGAAGGCAGAUUAUUAUCUAAAUGGUGUCAAAUUGGGAAAAGGGGCAGUACAACAGGAUCUGGGGGUCCUUGUUCAUUAGUCACUGAAGGUAAGCAUGCAGGUACAGCGGGCAGUGAAGAAAGCGAAUGACAUGUUGGCCUUCAUACCACGAGGAGUUGAGUAUAGGAGCAAAGAGGUCCUUCCGCAGUUGUAUAGGGCCAUAGUGAGACCACACCUGGAGUAUUGUGUGCAGAUUUGGUCUAAGAAGUUUAAGAAUAAGUGGUAAGCCAUUUAGAAUGGAGAUCUGAAUCUGAAUCUGAAUCUGAAUCUGAAUCUGAAGCCAUUUAGAAUGGAGAUGAGGAAAAGCUUUUUCACACAGAGAGUUGUGAGUAUGUGGAAUUGUCUGCCUCAGAGGGCAGUGGAGGAUGGUUCUCUGGAUGCUUUCAAGAGAGAGUUAGAUAGAGCUCUUGGGGAUAGCGGAAUUAGGGGAUAUGGAGAGAAGGCAGGAAUGUGAUUACUGAUUGUGAUCACAUUGAAUGGCGGUGCUGGCUUGAAGGGCCGAGUGGCCUACUCCUGCGCCUAUUGUCUAUUGUCUAAAUGUAAACUAAUUUACUGUUACUCCGAGCAAACAACCAACAUGAUUUAAUAUUCAUCCACAUAGCAAGUAAUGGAGAUCCUACUUCAUAUAAAGAAAUAUUGUAACUUAAUGUGAAGAGCAUUAAUGUGCCACCCCAGCCUCAAAUCCCCUGCAGAUUUUGUUUCACCUCCCUCUACUAAAGUGUAAACCUUUAUUUUACUUCGGAGUCACGUGAGUGACUACGUGAAGACCCCGCCAGCACGCAUGCGCGACAUAGCGUCUCACGCAUUGCACAGCGACGGGCGGGAGAACGAGCUCUCCCGCAGCAAGUUUAAAAACGGGGCCUCCAGGUAAGUAAACUACUCUGAGGUCGUAUUUUGGAAAUCCUUGUUCUGCUUCUCGUUACAGCGCAAUGAACAAGGGAAGACAACCAAAGAAGGUCGUACCCCAUCCGACUGUGAUGAACCAGGAGGGUCCCAGCAGUGGGGGGCGACCGGCAGCACCUGGACCGCACACGCUGCCGUCUUCAGUCACCGACAAUAUUUCUGUACAGCCAAGCCCAGCGCCGCUAGCACCACAGCUCGAACAACCGCAGCGGGCUGGAGGCAAGGCUAAACGGAAGUCGGACCGGCCGGUUUACUCGGACGAGUCCGGUGCGGAAGACUCACCGCCCGAGAGCGGCAGAGGUGACCGUUUGGGCCGCAUGGAAAGGCUCAUGGAGCAAAUGCUCCAGCGAGACUUGCUCCGGGAGAUGGGGCAAGCUCGCCAAGGGAGCACAAGCACUCCCGCUCCAGUGCAUUACCAAGCACUGGCCAUCGCAUCACCCUCAGCAGAGGGGAGCGUUGGCGACCAGGACUGGGCUGGUCAAGAACAGGGGUCACUGGCUGAAGAACACGGCAGUGUGCUGGGGGUACAGGAUCAGGAAGAGCUGCUGGGAGUGGUGAACCGCUACGCGGCAACACCGCGAGCGGGACGGCCGUUACAGCCCAAACUGGCGGCCAGUAUUGACUACCUGUCCUUUAAACCACUCCAAGAACAGGUAGUCAAUGAGGCGAUGGAUCUAUACACGUCUCCCGAAAAUUGCAUUUCGCUCAAUGUACCAGCCGUUAACAGUCAAAUCUGGGGGUACAUUGGGCAGGGUAUCCGAACCCAAGAACUCAAAUUACAAAAAAUACUGAAGCUCCUGACGUCGGCUAUAACUUCAUAUGCUCGUUCCGUGGACGGGGUUGACAUGACAACCAAUCAACAGGACACCCUGGCUCUGCUGUGCAACACACAGUAUGAGAUCAACAACCUCCUGAAGGAGGCCUCAACCCAAAAUUUGCAGGACUGUGUAAAACGCCGACCUCACAGCCACAGAUCCUGGUAUUUGGCAAAGACCUACCAAAGCAAGUGAAAGAUCUGGAUGAAGAGUCCAAGGCAUUUGGACUCAUGAGGGCAGGCCCCGGAACGAGCAAAACCACGCAACCCAGACGGCAGUACCCCUACGCAUCCACCAGUAGGCGUCUACUUCAUGGUACUGGUGAAAGCUCGGGGCCCCCAUAUCAUCCCCGGAGGACUUUUUUCGGACAGGGCCCAGAGCGGACCCCAUGGAAGAUGCGCCACCCCUACACAGCACCACCCCGACAGACAAGGAACCAGAAGCCCAAGAAGUGACCAUUCUACCAAUAACAAUGGAGAUUGACAAUACCACGGUGGUGGCCUAUAUUAACCAUAUGGGCGGGAUAAAAUCGAUAUCAUGUGAUAAUCUGGUCAACACAAUCUGGCAAUGGUGUGUCGCCAAACAUAUUUGGUUAUCAGCAACUUACCUACCAGGUAAGCUACAUACAGUGGCAGACACCAGGUCACGCAAAUUCAAUGAUAACACCGAAUGGAUGUUAAACCCCAAAGCAUUUGCUGAAAUUACAAAGCAAUAUGGAACACCAGAUAUCGAUCUCUUUGCAUCCCGACUGAAUCACCAGGUACCAACAUAUGUCGCUUGGGAACCAGACCCUGAGGCAGCGGCGAUGGAUGCAUUCUCGCUGAACUGGGGGAACUACUUUUUCUAUGCCUUUUCCCCCUUCUGCCUCAUCAGUCGGGUACUACGCAAAAUACAGAUGGACUCUGCUUCAGGUAUUUUGGUAGUACCCGACUGGCCCAGUGGCCCCGUUCCCAGUGGUCCUUGACAGGGUCAUUGAACCACCCAUGACCAUUCCCAGCGGACCAGAUCUACUGAUCCACCCUGUCUCAGGCAAAAGUCACCCAUGCCAUGACAGAAUAAACCUGUUGGGUUGCAGACUCUAAAAAUACCUUUACUGGACCUGGGAUUGUCAAAUAGGACCAUAGACAUGAUGACAGCAUCUCACCGACUUUCCACCAAGAAACAAUAUCUCUCCAGUAUCAGAAAAUGGGAAACAUACUGCUCAAGAACAGGGACAACAUACAGAUCAACAACCAUAACUAAUGUACUGGAGUUCCUGUCCAGCCUUCACCACGAUGAAGGUCUGAGCUAUAGCACUAUCAAUUGUGCUAGAAGUGCCCUGUCAGCCUAUCUGGGGCAGGCACCAGGACAACAGGCCAUAGGGUCCCAUCCGCUGGUGGCCAAAUUAAUGAGAGGGAUCUUUAAUACAAACCCCCCUAGACCUAGGUACACCAAGAUCUGGGAUGUCAGUGUUGUCCUGACAUACCUAAGGGGAUAGCCACCAGCCAGAUCCCUCACUCUGGAACAGCUAACCCUGAAAACGGCUAU